AUGCGCUUCUCUACGCUCACCUCGGCCCUCCUGCUGGCUGCUGCCUCCGGUGUGUCUGCUGAUGCCGCCGCUGCCGCCACCGACGCGGAAUCGACGACGACCACUUUGGUGUCCACAAGCACGCUGUACAAGACAAUCACGCUGAAGCGUGUCGUCGCGACCACGACGUCCACCUGGCACAACGCCACGACCAGCUAUCAGGCAACUGGCACAGGCUCUUUCCGCGUGUCGUCGGCGACGCACGCCGCUACGACCUCCGGUACUGCCCCGAUUGCGACCGCGACCACGAGCGGCAGCAGUGCUGGUCUACGGAAUGCGGCCGGUGUUGCUUUCGUCGGUGUCGCCGGUAUGGUUGUUGCCGCGAUUCUGUAA